GCCGGAACGGUAUAGAUGCUGGACGGCAGCGAUGGAAAGAUGGCGGCAGCCGUGCUACAAAUGUCAUGUUUGUACCGGGGGAUGUUAGCGGUCAGGGCCACCGGCAUCAGGCCGAUGAUCCCGGGCGUCGUCCCGGUGCAGUUCCGAGCCUUCUCGUUGCGAAAGGACCCGGAUGUGGAGGAGAACCCGUUCUACAACAAGUACCAGGAAAAGAUCCAGAAGCUGCGCAGUGCCAAACCACAGGAGUACAAGGCCCGACUGGAGAACCGACAUGAGGCCAAGAAGGAAGUCCUCGGACAUUCAAAGCAGGCGGAGUUCAUCAGACUGAUGGAGAAGGAGUUAGAGGAAAGAGACAAGAAGGCAGCGAGUGAUGGAGCAUCAGGAGGUUUCACAAAGAACAAGACGCUGGGAUCCAUCCUCAACCUGGAGAUGAUCAAGGACAUGACGGGGGAGGAGAUAACACAGCUUUGGAUGAAAUAUUAUUCGACCAAAGACACGGUCAGCGCUGCCAUCCCGACGCAGAUCUACGAUGUGAUUGUCAGCAGAUCAAAGUCCUGUCAGAUGUUCCUCUACGCUCUGCCUCAGAAGGAGGGUUACGAGUUCUUCCUGGGUCAGUGGUCGGGACACGAGCUCCACUUCACCUCCCUCAUCAACAUGCAGAUGCACGGUGAAAACGCUCCCAGUCAGCUGAUCCUCUACCACUACCCGGACCUGAAGGAGGAGAAGGGCGUGGUCCUCAUGACGGCCGAGAUGGACCCAAAGUGCAUCACCGUCCACCAGGCUCAGUGUUUGGCCAAUCAGGUGCAGCUGUUCUACGGCACGCAGAGGCAGGAGACGUUCCGAUUGGUCGAGACAUUUAACCACCACCCUGCGGACUUCAAACACAUGUCGGUGAUAGCGGAGCUGGAGCUGAGCGGGCUGGGCUCAGCGGUCGCCACCGGAGGAUCGUAGGGAGACGGACCUAAGACGCCAAGCAGCUCGCGCGUGCUGCUGGAUCCCCAGAGAAGAGACGGAUACUUUAAAUCAUAAAGAGAGAGAGAGAUGUGUGUUUGUCUGCUCAGACGUCUCCAUCAGAACACACCGGUUUGAAUUUAGGUCAAAGUAUCUAAAAGAGCAUCUUCUCACAAACUCUGUCCUGGACUCGCUCACCUCAUAACGUCGUCAUUUAUUUAAUCCAAUGUAUCAUCCAUGACCCCCGCUGUAUCCCAGCCGGAACACAAAGACUUUAUGACCCCUGUAGCGACCCCGGCUAACCCACAUGACCUUAAAUAAAUCAUCUGAGUUA